CAUGGAGGAAAUCUUGCAAGAGUAUCCACGCUUCUUGGAUAUACCAACACUGCUUGAUACAGAGUUUGGUAAAAUGCAUCAAGGAAAGGGGGACCUGUUCCUAAGGCGGUGGGAGGCCAGCAUCAUGCCGAAGCUGAAAGCUGUUGCCGCCAGGGAGAAGGGUGAUGUUGCAUCUCUUGUUGAAGGGAUGGAAGACCAAACUGAUGGUAUUUUUGUUACAUUUAAUUUCUUCAAUUUUUCCACAAAAUUAUUUAAUAUGCUUAUGUUUACCUCUCUUCUUCCCCAACCACACCCACCCCGAUUCUUGUUUGCAGAUGAGAAGUGCUACAUUAUGUUGGUUGUCCUUACUCAUCUCCUUCCACCAGUUGCAGCAAGCCGCUGUAGCGUCAAGUCUGCGAUUACACAACUCGUUGAUUUUGUGCCGGCAGGAAGUACCAUUGCCUCCCUCUACAAUACAUCCCAGGAUCCAGCACAGAGCACACAGCCACAACUAGUCUGCAUUGGUCAUCUAAGGGGAGGGUCACAGCAGUAUGUCAUUGUGGGCAAGUCUGACAAGAUUGCUAUUCCCUUGGAUGAAGGCCUGGCAUGUGCUGUGGACAAGCUCUUCAAGCUCUACUGGGUAUGCAACCUGGCCUACCCAGCCCCGCUCAGCUCUGUGUUCUCAUUCGUCGAGUACAUUUACGACUUACCCAUGUCAACAAACAGGAGAGCAAAGGUAUUGGAGCUCAUUUCAAAAGUCAAGUCUAUUAAUUAGAUCCCACCAAAAUGUACAGUUGUCCAAAAUGUCCGUCAAGAUUCACACAGAUAAAGAAACUGAUGUGGCACCUUCGUGAAAUACAUGCAUUGUCAGAGGGAUUGGAGUUCACACUUACUUGCAGCCAAGAUGGUUGUCCAAGGACAUACCACAGCAUUAAUUCAUUUACCAAGCACCUUUCUAGAGAGCACCAGAUAGGAAGUACCACAGUUGCUGAACCUUCUCUUCAGACCUUCCCAACAUUUACUGACUCCACAGGGACCAUCGACACAACAACU